AGUUGAUUCGAUGAAAGGUGUCGUUCAGUAACACUACUUAGGAGCAGACCUAUGCUACACAAGUGUGAACUAUUUUUAAUAACAAAUAUGUAUGUAUUGCUGUCAACAAACAUCUCGUUUCGACUUAAAUGACUCACUUGAAAAGCGGCGCAAUGGUUUCCUCGUCCGAAAUGCUGAUCUCAGCCGCACAGAAGUGUUUGUGUCCUCGUAAGAAACGUUUAUGUCCGUCCUCGUGCCUAGAAGUGACUGCUCAAAUAAUAGCCGUGGAUCUUGGCGUCAAACCUGCGCUGCUGUACGACAGUAACGGCGCCUCUCCAUAUCAGCUCCAGCUUUACCUCCAUUCACUGCACGAGUCAGGAGUUGUAUGCAAUUCACUGCGGAUAAUGUCCAUCAAUGACAACAUAUUCAUCAUUAACCCUGACAUUAUGAAGUCUCACCUGGAUGAACUGCUCGAAAGCAGGAGUCUACACCUGAUUGAUGUGUGUUCUUCCAGAAAACGCCCAGUCCUGUGUGCAUUUGAGAAAAGUGCUGAGGAGAUGGUCAGAAGUUUUUUGAAAGUCUUUAUUAAUAAGCUGGACUUGGUUGUGUUGGAAGAGGAGUUGUAUAAAGACUGGAACUUGUGCACUUUUUUUGGGAUCUUGUUAGGUUAUCCUGCGUCCUACUGGUUUGACCAAACUAAGGGAUUUGAGAACUGUCUGUGUAUGACACCCCUGGUAGUGUGCACGGUUUGGGUCAGGUGGCAGAUACAUGAGAUAAAGCAGCGCUGUUGUCUUUACUCAUUCAGUGUCCCAGAAGAGCUGUGGUCAGAUGUGCAGAGCCAUAUACAGCGCUGGACUGAGCAUCUGAGAGAGAGAUUUAGCAAACAGACUGUUCUGACUGACCUCUGCUUUUCUAGGGACACCGUUACUUUGCCCUGUGUGACUCUUUGAAUAAACUUUGUUUUACUAGUAUUAUUUUGCCAGUGUCACACACUUUAAUAAUGUAUCUUCUGAGAAAAGAAAUACAAAUGGGUUGUGUUGUUAAUAAAACAGUUU